AUGGGCACACCAACAACCUCAGGAACUAUCGACGAAAAGUCCCCAAGCUCAAGCGAUGUCUCUCCCGAGACCGCAGACGCUGCUCUUGCCAGCAACGGCAAUGUCAUCGACGACGGCUUACAGCGCGGCCUCAAGAAUCGCCACCUACAAAUGAUCGCCUUCGGCGGCGUUGUAGGAGCCAGCAUCUGGUACGGGACCGGCUCGGCAAUCGCAUACAGCGGGCCCGUCGGCGCACUAAUCUGCUUCAUAAUAAUCGGGAUAGACGUCUACUUCGUAAUGCAGAGUCUCGGAGAAAUGACCACUCUCUUCCCAGUCCAAGGUGCCUUCAUCGAGCUAGCAGGCCGUUUCGUCGACCCAGCGCUGGCUUUCAGUCUCGGAGUCAAUUAUUGGUAUGCGUGGGUAACCAACAUCGCCAACGACUAUAACAACAUCUCGCUGAUCAUGGGUCUCUGGACCGACGCCGUGCCCCCCUACGUCUGGAUCAUCAUCUUCUGGGUCGGCUUCCAGUGCUCCUCGCUCCUUGGCGUCGUCGUGUACGGGGAGAUGGAGUUCUGGCUCGCGUGCUGGAAACUGCUGUGCGUCGUCGGCGGCUUUCUCGUCGCUAUCUUGAUUAACACGGGUGCUAUCGGCGGCACGUACAUCGGCUUCCGGUACUGGCGUGACCCGGGCGCAAUCGCGAACGGGAUCUCCGGGUUCGGCCGGACCUUCGUCUUGGCUGCCGUGUACUACAGCGGCACGGAGAUGCUAGCGCUCACCGCGGCCGAAAGCCGCAACCCGGCGCGCGAUCUACCACGAGCGAUCCGCCAGACUUUCUACCGUAUCCUAGUUAUCUUUCUCGGGCUCGUCUUCUUCGCGGGCAUCAUCGUAGCCUCCGACGAGCCGGGCCUGCUGACCGCAACCAGCAAGUCGGCGCAGUCGCCGUGGAGCAUCGCGUUCGCGCACGCGGGGUGGGCCGCCGGCGGGAAUCUGGUGAAUGUAGUUAUGAUCACGGCGCAGCUCUCCAGCGUCAACAGCGCGAUCUACGUAGCCUCGCGGGCCCUCGCGGCUUUAGCUGCUCGGGGGCGCGCGCCUGCGUUUUUCGCGAAGACGACGAAGAACGGGGUCCCGGUUAACGCGAUUGUGUUCUCGAAUGCGCUGGGACUGUUGGCGUUGCUGAAUAUCGCGGCGACGCCCGGGAAGGUGUUUACGUAUUUGAUUACGAUUUCGGGGGACGCUACGUUUAUCGCUUGGGCUAUGAUCGGCGUGACGCAUAUACGGCUGCGUCGGGCGUGGGUGCGCCAGGGGCGCGGGGUUGAGGAGUUGCCGUAUAAGGCGUUCUUGUACCCGUAUGGUGCGUGGUUUGUCGUCGCGCUGAAUGUCUUCCUGGUUUUCAUUUCCGGGUAUGAGGUCUUCGUGGGCGGCUUCCACGCGGUGGAUUUCGUCUUCUCGUAUGUCGUCAUCGCGAUUUUUGUGGUCUUGUAUGUCGGCUGGAAGGUGGUGAAGGGGACGAAGAUUAUAGGGCCCGAUGAAGCUGACCUCGUGACUGGUAGGCGGGAGUAUCCGACGGGGGAUGUUCAAGAUGGCGAUUCGGAGAAAGCUAGUGUCCCAUGGUAUGUCAUGGUUAAACGGUUCGUUUUCAGUUGA